CUUCCCUCUCCCCCACCGUCUCCUACUGCUCGCGAAACGCGUCAACGCUUUCGCUUCGGCUCCUCAUCCCCGCGUCCUGUACUUCUUCCAGGACCGUUCUCGACUCUCGACCUAGGAACCAGUGAUCACGUUUCAAGUCAUAUCCCACCUCACUAUCUAGCCUUUUACCAUCGUACUAGGCUGGUGGUGAAGUUCAUUAAGGGCGUCUGCAUAGCUUCGUCGAGGGCGUCUAACAAAAAUAUUCAAAAGCAGAAGAGAAGGAGGACUGGAGUGUGGAAAAUUAUCACCGUUGCCGACGUUGCUCUGUCUUAUUCUUAUGGUUUAUUGAUAACAAUCCGCACAUCCGUUUGUUUCUUGGUACUCGUCUUCCAGUCCGGUUCUGUGAAGGAGGGAAUAACAAGAAGUGGAGGAAUUUUUACUGAAUUAAAUUGUGUCGGACGAACACGCGUAAGAUAUGGCAUUCUUUGGGUCCAAAUCUUACGAGCGUGAGCUGAAGCGCACGUACUCGACCGACCGCGUUCGACGAGAACGUGAAAAUGCAACAAGUGCAAUACGCACGCGUUCUAUUUCUCAUGGAGAAGCACAUGAGCGCACGCAACGUACCGCGCUCGCGUCGCGUGUACGGACGCGCGCGGAACCGACUGUCGAUGAAUUUGGGGUCGUCCCUGGUGCCAAGGGCGGUGAUAAGGAGGAUCCGUCGUCAUCGUCGUCGACCACGUUCUCGACGACGGCCAAGUCUGCUUCUCUUCCGCCUGGAUCUGCUUCUCCGAUAAUCUCGGCUUCGCUAUCUGUACCGCGCCAUUCAAACGGCUCGGGCCCCUCUUCUUCAACAAGCUCGCUGCAUAAGCAGCUCUCACCGCGGACAAGGACGGUGAGUGGUUCUGGUAGCAAGCACUCGUCACACUCCUCGAACCCGCCGCGACGACGAACACCGCAACCUGAUGGCGAUGGGGCUUCCUCGUCCGACGUAGUCAUGAGCAACCGGUCCACCAGGUCCAGCAGCAGCAAGCGUGAAGAGGUGGGCGCGCGCGUCCAUUCCUCUUCGGAGCUCAAGCCCGAGCAUGCAGCGCCCAAGUCCAGAUCAAAAACGUCCCUACGGGCACAAGCGGCGGCUGAUAGCGCAUCAACUAGAGACCGGACUCCAGUGGAAUUACUUGAUCACACUUCAUCUCGUUUACCUCGGAAUGUACGUCCGUCUGAGAAUUCUGAUUCUCAGACAGACUCGAUGCGCCCGUCACCAUCACCCACGAACGGUAUCGGAACUUCAACACAAAAUUACAAGCACUCUCCUGCUGCCUCGCAAUCCGUGUCCUCGAAUUCUUCAUCACCGCUCUCAGCGUCAUCUAAACCAAACAUGCAGGCUCGACAGCGACCUUCGCCAUCCCCUACAUUCGGACCUGUGUCAUCCUCUGCCUCCAAUCGCGGAGAUGCCUCUCUAGCCGUCUCAUCCAAUUUAAACUCAAAUCCAAAUCCUGUUACUAAGAAGCCUACAUGUGGGAGUGCCUCUGAUAGCUCAUAUGGCUCGCCCCUCGUCUCUGAGUUUGGCGCAACCUUUAACGUGAAGCGUCUUCUCUCAAAGCCAGCAGCUAGUGGGACCGGAACAACUGGCGUCCGCUCGGAACCAGAUACAAGCGCAGACUCAUACGAUUCGUAUGGAGCAUACGCUUUAGCGACGAGAAGACGACGCGUCGAAGGCAGGAGUAACAUAACGAAACCACCUUCCUCGGUCUACUCGGUGACGGAGGGGAGCGUGAGUUUACGUGACCAUCCACGUAAACCGACGAGCUCAGAUCCUGAACCACCGGGAAGUGGUAUGGGAAGUCUUGGACGUGCAAGAGGUCUUGCGUGGGGACAUGUGCUCAAGUCUGACCGAGAGAAAGAACGUGAACCUGAACGAGGAAGGGGACAUGCACGCGAAAGUUCCUCAUACUCACUGUCUUCGCCUUCGGAGGGUGCAGCUGGGUAUCCGUACGGACGGGCUAUUGAGCAGGAGCAUGAACGUAGAGCGACUAAGGCUUCACGCCCACUGAUUCAACUAACGACGAGCGCGGUGAGACGUCUUUCGGCGUUUGGUGUCCUCCAAGCGGACCGCGACAGGUCGAAUUCACCUAUAACACCAAUGACAUUCGCUCCUGCACCAUCUGGUGGUGCUACUAGACUGUCUUCGACGCCUUCGCCGCUAAGUGCUGGCGGUGCGCACUUGCGUCGUUCACCUAACCAGUCGUCUCCAUCACCAACAUCCGCUUCGGCUGUAAUGCCACGAACAGAGUCACCGAGGCCACCUGUAGGCUUAACUCCUGCAGAAAUUGUUGCGCAUCAAUAUAAGGAACAAGAACGGCGUCGUGCAGAGCUUGAGCGGGAGGCAGCACGGGAGACUGAGAUUCCUGAAAAGGUUCAUUCACUCGUGAAUUUGAAUGACCACGAACACGAGAAAGCGCAACGGACGAUCCGUGUAAAGGACAAGGAGCAGGGAAAAGCUUUGUCCCGCUCACAAAGCGCGAAUGCCGCUACUACUAUCACGAAGUUGGACUCCCCGUCAAGUAAUAAGGGCAAUAUCAGCCCUCUGGGUGAGCCGCCUACACCUUAUUACACGGUUUUCGGCGAUACGACUGGCCGUACAGUCGCGAUUGGCUCUGCACGGGACAGCGCGUUCGGAUUAUUUGACCGUGUCCAUGAGCGUGCGGCGACAGUAACUGAGAAAGCGGUCGUUUCUGAGUUGUCGUUGAAAGCGAGCACGGGAGGAUCUUCAGGUGGAGCAGCUUCUGAAGUCGCAGUCACCGGGUUAAAUGGAGAGGAGAAUAAACAGGGACCGUCGCUCCUUAGACGUAAGCUCUCGCGUAAGAUGUCUGGCAGGCUCAAACGAGAUGGGAGUCUUGCCAGAGGUGGAGGUGGAGGACGGGAUAGUGGCAAGGAGUCUAGUGAUGGGAGAGAUUGGAAAGAAGACUUCGGAGAGUUGCUUUCGGGUGGUGGUGAAGAUUGGUUCAGCACGGAGGGUUAUCUUCGUAGUCGGCCGAGUCUGACUCUGAAUACGUCUUCAUCACCUCCGGCGAGUAGACGUUCAGCAACGCUCCCGCGUGAAAGGAACGCCGCACAACAUCAGCCGGUGAAGAUGUCCAUGGACAGUUUCGUCGCUGUACAGAGUAUUGAGUCGAGCUCUGGUAAAGCGUUACCUUCGACUGCGAAUGGUGUGGCACCAGCUUCUAGGGGUCGUGAAGAUUGGAGGUCUCGUCCAAGAGAUGACAAGGAGAAGGAUAAGAACAAGUUAUGGGGCCUUAUGAAGCGCAUCAGCUCAACGACGCUGAAAGAUAAAUACAAGCGCUCCUCGGCAGAGGUGAUCCCGCCUGUUCCAGCCCUACCGCGGGAUUUCUCGUCUCCCACGUCUCCAGACAAAGGGUCGGAGAAACUCCGUGACCGCGACUUGGAGAGAGUCAAGUCUGGUAAUGAUGACACGUAUGCGAGUGCGAAGAAACUGAGCACACAUCGGUCGUAUGCGCAAUUACGAAGACCGUCGACUGCACCUGCUUUGAAUCUCGGGGAGACUAGUAGUGAAGGACGAUUUACGACGUUGCGAAAGAAACCUUCCCUUGGACAAGUACUCGCGCAGGCCCAGACUCCUGGGACGUCCCCAACGCUGGGUACUGGGCCAAGUGCGACGACGGCGUACUCACCUACUUUUACUGCCUUAGACAACGCGUCGUAUAACAAUAAAUCGGAUGAUUCACCGACGACGUCGUAUGGAGAUCCUACCCUUGUGAAUGGGAAGCUUGAGCCUGUGCUUGGCCAACACAUCCUACCACCGGAGGCGUUGUACUUGUUUGAUGACUUCAACGUUGACUUUGAGAAGAAGGAUGAUGAUACAAGGAGUAAGCAGGACAUCCGAGAUGCAAGGAGCACGAUUGUAGAUGCCUACGACGGCCUGUUCUACCGCGAAGAACCGGCCAGUCAUCAAGCGCUACCUGUCCCGCCUCGCCGUGCACCUCAAACAAAGACAGACGACGGGGAUGACAUCCGUUCAGAGUCUCCUACCAUUCCUUCGUUCUCUGCUGACAACGCUAUUAAUACGUUUGGUUAUCGGAAGCGCGCAGGCACGAACACAGGCGCUAGUGUCUCUUCUGCGUUCACUGGUGCUGACUUUGGUCCGAGCGAUGGGCCACCUGUUUCGAGGUCCACGUCUACGUCUACGUCCUCCUUGUCGCCGACGUCGGCUGUUAAUAAUAAGGCUUCUGAGCCGCCACCUCGGCCGCCUCGAAGUUCGCGCCGCGGACCACCUGGACCACCAAGUAUUGUGAAUUCCUCGAAUUCAUCGCAUAGCUCGAAUUCGCCGCCUUCCUCAGUCGCUCGGACGUUCUUUGAAGAUCGUUCUGGUCGAGCAUCAAUCGGCGCGCUCAGCCAAGCAUCAACAGCCCGUCCAAGCAUGCUUCGCGCUGCUCCCUCCUCACCCUGUUCAACGCCCUCCCCACCACCCGAACUCCUAGAUUCCCAAUCACCAGUGUCAGCAUCAGAUUCCGCGUCGAGCACGAUGACGUUCCGAGACAUUAACGGCGUAGCUACGAAGCCUGUGUGGACUGAGAAGGAGAAGAUUGACAAGUGGAAUGACUUGUUGGAUCGGAGUGAUAGGGCUGGUGGGACUUUGCAUAUUGGUGUUGGGGGUUUGCUUUCGGAGCAGGUUAGGGAGAGUGCGUAUGAGCCUGUGAGGGAUUCGAUUUAUGAUGAUUAUUGAUGAGUUGAUUGAUUCGGCGGUUGACCGAUUGAUUUGAGAAAUAAUGGUGAAGGUCCUGGUGGGGUGUUUUUUUUGUACAUAUUGUACAUAUUGGACGACACCGCUGUCUGGGACGGAGGGUCUGCAAUAUUUUCUUACUUCUCUUUGUUCUUUUUUUUCUCUUUUCCUCAGUUUGAAUUGUUCCCUGCUCUUACCGCUCUCUUUGUCAUCCUGGCUUUCUCUCCAUAUAUUCUCUCUUGUUUGUGCUAUCUUUCGAUUUCGAUUUCGAUUCGUUUCGCACAUAUUAAGCAAUUGCCCGUUGCUGCAAACGCUCGUUCUUUCGCCUCUUUCUUUCGUCUUGCUAUCGUCAUCAACACUGUUUUUAGGUCCCAAUGACUUGGCUUGACAUCUGAUUCGUUUCACUUAUCCUCUCACUUUUUUUAUACACUUAAAUCCCAUGCAUACCCCCCUGCGUACAUUGAUUUUGGUCUCAAUACAUAUUUUUUUUCUUUCACAUUUACCUUCCUUCCUCUCCCUCUCCCUCC